AGUGCACAGGGAGCUGCACUAUGAGUUGUUUUUGUGGACAGAUGCGAGAGUACCGUAAUUUGUCAAUUGACAGAUUUGAUGGGAGAAACUUGAAAUCCAAAUGUUUUUUCCUCUCCCAUAUUCACGAGGAUCAUACUGUGGGAUUAGAUAGACCAACUUUCUUUGAAAUGUUACAGGCCAGUUCUGAUGUAUUUCUGUAUUGUUCAGAAGUUACAAAACUGCUCUUACUAGAAAAACCAAAGUACAGUCAUUUGGAACAUUAUGUGAAAGUGUUACCUAUCGAUGUGCCAAAUAAGGUGUCAAUUCCACAGCAAGGGUCUUGCAAGAUUGGUGCUGUUGAAGUCACUCUGAUUAAUGCAUCUCAUUGUCCUGGUUCUGUUAUGUUUCUGUUUGACGGAGAAGAAGGUUUUUGUUUAUACACCGGAGAUUUUAGAUGGGACAGUCAACAAAUUACCAAUAUCUCAGCUCUUCAUGACAAAAAUGGGAGUGUAAAACCUAUUGACAGCUUAUACAUAGAUACAACAUUCUGCCAUGAGAGCUCUAUUUAUAUCCCAAGUCGUGAGGACAGUGCUAAUGCUGUUUAUAAUCUGGUCAAGGAAUGGAUAGGAAAAGGACCAAAUUAUGUUGUACAUUUUACAGCACGAACUCAGUAUGGACAUGAACAUUUGAUGAAGGAAGUCAGUAUAAAAACUGGGUAUAAGGUAUAUGUCUCUAAAGAGAAAUGUGAAAUAUAUAAACAAAUUCCAGGUCUAAAAGAUAUUUUCACCAGCGAUCCUACAGAAACACCGGUACAUGCCUGCAAGGGAAAAUGGCCAUCAGAUAGUCUACCAUGGGGUAAGCCAGCCGCAGAAUUGAAAGUAAUGGUGAUACUUCCAUCCACAAUGUACUUUACUAUGUUGCGAAACUUUGAUCUAAGUCAUAUUGUAAUUAAGAAAGGAUUUAUAAACAGAGUAUGUUAUUCAUUUCAUUCGUCGUACACAGAGGUCAAAGAUUUAGUGACCUAUCUUCAGCCAAAAUUUGUCAGACCAAAUGUAAAGCCAAUGCUAGAUGAUACUAUUAUGAAGGUCCAAGGACGUUUGAAUGAAUUCCUGAAAUUAAAGAACAGUAAGAAGAUAUGUGAUUCUCAGAAACCAAGAUUACUUGGAAAACUCAGAAGGUCAAAAUUCACAAAGAAGAGGACAAUUUCAGAAAAUUCAAGUGAUUCUAUUGACCUGAAUUUUGGCACCCCAGAAAAGAUUUACCCACCUGCCAAGAAGUCAAGAAUAACGAGUGAGGUAGACACUGAUGAGGAUGAACACAGUUCUUAUGCAGGUAGUAACAGAAGUGAUAGUGAAAUGAGUGAUAUCUGUGAACAAAGUGAUCAGGAAGCUGAUAAACAAAACAGACCCCAGUCUUUGUCACUGCCAGGACAAAGUCUUUUAGAUGCAUUAGAUGAACAUGAGUUCCAAGAAUCUCAAGGCAGUAAAUCUGAUGCUUUAGAGUGCAGAGUAUGUAUAGAUGAUGAUGAUGAGCAGACGACAGCUGUAGUUGUACCAACAAAAUCACUGGAAGCUGGUGAAUAUAAAAUACCUGAAGAAGGUUGUGAUAACAGUGAAGGGGACACGUCUGGACCAAACAGGGAUGAUGUAGUAGACAGUAUAGGAUUUGAUCAUGAUGCUACAGAUGAUAUACAGGAGCCACCCUCAAUCUCCAGAUGUGAAACUCUAUCUACCCCAGGUCAGAGUUUACUAAAUGCAGUUGAUGAGAUGGAGGCUGAUGUGAAGGAGAGUGGGGACAGGGGUGUCAAUUCGAAACAGCCAGAUCAAUCAAAUUCUAAUAGAAAUGGCAGGUGUAAAACUGAACAGAAAAAAGAUAAGCUAGAUUCUAGUCAAGAUGACAGAAUUAGCACUUUAAAGAAAAGUGAUGAGCUAGAUUCUUGUGUAGAUGACAGAAUGAAAACUGAUAAACAAAAUAGUGUAUAUGCUCAGGAAAAUGAUAGAUUAAACAUUGAUAGGAAAGAAAUUAAAACAAAUAUUUUUGGAAAUGAAAGAGUAGACACUAAAAAUAUACAAAAUGGGUCUGGUUCGUAUGAAGACAACUUUAUUAACUUUUUAAAAAAUGGUAAUAAAAAUUCAAAUGAAACUAGUAUAUCCAAAUUAGAUUUUGAUGCAGAGAAAGAGAUUGGUCAAAUGCUUAGCAAUGGGAGGGAAAGUGAAUCAGAUGUUUGUUUAGAAAGUGACUUGAUAGGUGAAAUGGACAGUUUUGUUGCUAGUAAAAACGAUAAUGAAUCUAAUCAAAGUUCUAAUAAUACAUCAAAUUCAAGAAAACAUGAGGUUGAUAUAACGCAAAAUAAAUCAAAUGAAGUAGUUACAAUUAUUGAUAGUAGCUGUAGUACAGUGUGUGACAGUCUACCUCAAGAAGUAUGUGUCAAUGAAAACAAUGGUGAAAUUAUCAAUCUAGAAUCAAACUCUAAAAGCAGCAGAAAGAAUGAGAAAAAUGAAAAAGAGAUAAGUUCUAGUUAUGAUUUAUUUGGUUCAGAUGAAGGAAGUGAUGUUGAUGAUAGUGAAAACGAAAUCUUGAUCACUGAGGUGUGUAGUGAUAAAUUUAAUGGCGGGAACAAAAGUGAAAAAGAGGUCAGUGGUGUUACUACAAAUUUAUCAAACAGCAAGGAGAAAGGCAGUAAAGAGGCAAUAGCAACUAAUAAAUUGAACACUGUUAGUAAUGGUGGAACAGACAAGGGAUUAAAACAGAAAGUGGAUUCAAAUGGCCGUAAUAAUGAUUGUGUUGUUUUAUACCUGGAAUCAGAAGAUGAGGAGGAGAGAUCAAUAUUAUCAGGAAAAUUGUCUAGAAGCAAUUCAUUACAAAGUAAAGAUUCUGUGAAUUGUCAAAUAAGCUCAAUAGAAAAAUGUGUGACCAAAGCUGUUGAUAAAUUGUUUAGUGGCAAUUGUUCAAACACAGCUAUUGACUGCGAUGAUUUUUCUGACAGUGAAGAAACAUUACCUCCAACAGGAAGUCAGCAUUCUGAUGCAAGCAUUGAGACAUUAUCUCCCUUUGUAUCACCAGUCAAAUCGGUUGUUAGUCAAAGGUCGUUGGGAGUUUCAAUGUCAUCUGGUUCCCAGUCUAAGAAAUCUCCAAUGAAGAACCAGAGUAUAAAACCAUACUUGUCACCAGUAAAGAAUCAGUCACCUGGGAAAGUUGCAUGCCAGAUGGGUAGUAUGUUUAUUAUGAAUAAUGAGGGUGAUAAAGGGGAGGAGUCAGCAGACAGCAGUAUGAUAGAUUUGACAGCAUCUGAUAACAGUGAUGAUGACAAUGGUGAGGACAAGAAUGGAGCUGAUGAUUCAACUCAGGAUUAUUAUGUUAUUGAUUAGUUACAGUAUAAUUGUUAUAACGUGACGGUACCCAAAUUGCACCUAUUUUGACAGUUUUUUCAACUAUGUUUUUUUAAGAUCAAGGUAAACAUUUUCAUUUUGUGUUUAUUUGUAGCCGUAUCCUUCUUUAUUAUAUUAGGUAAACUAAUUUGAUUUUCCAUUCAUAUGGAAUCAUAGAAAAAUUGGUCUGAACUAAACUCCAAACCAUCUAUGCUUCUGUAAUGAGGUGUACCCAAAUUGCAUCCAUGCUUAAAUUUGCAACGUCAAAAGUCGAGUAACAGAGCUUUUGUUUAUUUUUUUCAAAUAUUUUGAACAAUUGAAUAUUUGUCCAUGCUUACUCUUCUUUUUUUAAGAAAUGGAUACUUGAAACAUAUUGUAUUUGCUAAUUUUAAAAAGAUGAUGUUUUGAUGAUGUCGCUUAGCGACGUGUCAGUACAUUUUGCUUUUUCAGUAAACACUUCAUCUGUUGAUAAAUACUGUAAACGUUUUGUGUAUAUCUAGAUAUAUUUACCUAUGUUGAAAGACGUGCGUACUAUUGGAUCUUAAAAAUACAACUUGUUUAGUCUCUAAAAAAUCUUUUAAGAUUUCCACUGAUAUUUUUGCUAAAUAUGUGCAAUUAGGAUACUUGUUGCAAUUUGAGUACCGUUACGUUAGACUUGUGUCAUAUGUUAUGAUUGAAUUGUUGCAUAUUUUUUGUCGCGAAGGGAAGAUAUAGUCAUUUGUCUAUGCAUCAGGUUAACAAAUUGCAAUCGAAGCCUAAAUGUUAUUGUUUUUAUGGAAUAAAAAAUUAAGGAAGGCACUAAAAUUUGUAUGUGAAAAGUUACAAACAUUUUCCCUAUCAAUAGUUAAAAGCAUAUGUAGUCAAAAGUUAUGUCUACUACAUUUCUUGUCCAAAACUAUGAAGUUUUAAAUUCCAUUAUUUUAUCUAGAUAAUGUAGAGAAAAAUAUUUUUCAAGCAGAUUUUUUUUAUUCAACUCUUUUUUGAUAAGAAGAAACAAGUUUGGUUUUGUUCUUUAUCAUGUUUAUCCUUAAAAUAAAACAAUAAAAUAAGACCAGACAGGGGUUGUCAUGAGGCUUUAAUAUCUUUACUGUUAAAAGCAGAUUAAUAAAUAAAAAAAACAAGAAUAGCAAAAACUUUCCAUAGAAUGAAUUCCUCAAUGUUAUGUCUUCAGAUUUUUGUUUAUAAACUAGGAUCUCUGACUUUCUGCUAAAAAAUUAUGAAAGUUAUGGUCCAAA